UGUGGGCGGAGGCGGCCCCGCUGCAGCCGCGGGAGUCGCUGCGCCUCUUACAGCCGCUGCACCUGCCUCGGCGGACACCAUGUCGAAGGCGGCCGCCGGCGCAGCGGCGGCGGAAACUUGUGCCACGGCCCCUGGCGGCCCGGCAGCCGCGGCCGUGGAGGACCUGUCCAAGGUGUCGGACGAGGAGCUGCUGCAGUGGAGCAAGGAGGAGCUGAUCCGCAGCCUGCGGCGCGCCGAGGCCGAGAAGGUGAGCGCGAUGCUGGACCACAGCAACCUCAUCCGCGAGGUGAACCGCCGCCUGCAGCUGCACCUCGGCGAGAUCCGCGGGCUCAAGGAUAUCAACCAGAAACUCCAGGAAGACAACCAGGAGCUGAGGGACCUCUGCUGUUUUCUGGACGAUGACCGGCAGAAAGGCAAGAGGGUGUCCCGGGAGUGGCAGCGACUAGGCCGCUACACUGCUGGGGUGAUGCACAAGGAGGUGGCCUUAUACCUGCAGAAGCUGAAGGAACUGGAGGUGAAGCAGGAGGAGGUAGUGAAGGAGAACAUGGAGCUGAAGGAGCUCUGUGUGCUGCUGGAUGAGGAGAAGGGUGCGGGCUGUGCAGGCAGCCGCUGCUCUAUCGACAGCCAGGCCAGCCUGUGCCAGCUUACUGCCACCACUGCUCCCUAUGUGCGGGAUGUGGGCGAUGGCAGCAGCACCUCCAGCACAGGCAGCACUGACAGCCCGGACCACCACAAGCACCACGCAAGCACCAGCAGCCCCGAGCACCUGCAGAAGUCGCGGGGAGAGGGCAGCCCCGAGCACCCCAAGCACAGGAGCACCAGUCCUGAGCAUCUACAGAAGCCCAGGGCCUCUGGGACUCCAGACCACCCAAAAGCACUCAAGGGGCCGAGCCCCGAACACCACAAACCCUUGUGCAAGGGCAGUCCUGAACAGCAAAGGCACCCACACCCUGGGAGCAGCCCGGAGACGCUGCCCAAGCACGUGCUGAGCGGGAGCCCAGAGCACUUCCAGAAGCACAGGCCGGGGAGCAGCCCCGAACAUGCCAGGCACAGUGGGGGCAGCCCCGAGCACCUUCAGAAGCACGCCCUGGGUGGCAGCCUGGAGCAUCUCCCCAGGGCCAGGGGGACCAGCCCCGAGCACCUCAAACAGCACUAUGCCGUGAGCCCUGAUCACAAACACGCGGGUGGAGGAGGUGGCGGCAGUGGUGGAGGCAGCCGGGAAGGCACUCUGCGGAGGCCGGCGCAGGAGGACUUGUCACCCCAUCACCGGAGUGUCUACAGUGGCAUGAACGGUGGGUUGUGUGGAGGAAACUUGGCGAUGCUGCAGGUUCCUGUCCUGGAAUUAGACAACAUUUGUCUGGAAACCAGUACAAAGGACCAAUGUAAGACAAGCACUCUCUUUUCAAACAUGCGAUCACCACUGCCAGAGAGGAGAAGAGUGGGUUCCACAAAGGUGGACUAAUCUGGACUAACAUGGAGCAAUGGUUCACUGCAUCCUUUUCCCUCUAAGUCCUUUAGUAUAACUAACUCUGUAUUUUGUGUGUCUCACUUUGGUGUCCACAGCAGUCAGACAAGAUAGCUUUGAAAUCACCAUUUUAGUACCACUGUUUUCAUUAGAACAAUAACAUUGUUCAUUCCUCAGAUCUAAGAUUAUUGGAAAACCUGCAUGAUUGGGAGAAUCUAGUAGAGCCUCAGUGGUUUCGGUAGAGUUGACUCACUGCAUAUAAUGGUGGUAGUUUUCUACCAUGUUCUAUUGAAGAUAAGAAAAGGUGUCUUCUUACUUCCCAAGUUUGAGAAUUAGGCACCUACUUCUUAUAUUUUAGGCAACCACAUACUAGUUCCUGAAGCAUAAUUAUUUUGGAUGCCAGGUAAGAUUAAGUUUCUGGUUUUGUGUUUUUGUUACUUUUGAGGUGCUAAAAAAAAAAUCACAAAUUCUUACCAGCUAGAAAGGUAGUAAGACUUUGUAGAAUGCUCAUCAGAGUACCAUGUAUGUCAACUGAUCAAGAUAAGUAUAUCAUUUCUUUUAAUGUUGAUGUAUUGUUCAUGGAGACACAUUUUGGGGACAUAUCAACCUCUAUUAAUUCAGUAUAUUCAUUGAUGUUAAUAUUAACAAUUUCAAUUUAAGAACAAGUUAACAUAAUUUUCCUAAGUGAAUCCAGCUAUGAGAUGUCAGUUUCUACAGUUUAGUUUCUAGACAUGCUGUUACAUUAAAUAAUCUUUGUGUAAAAUUUAAAAUAUUGCACUGCAUUUAUGAAAAAAGCUUUCUUUGCCUAUAGCAGUUAUUUAAUGUUUUCUGAAACUGACGCCGCAUGUCCAUUAUUGAGGCUAAAAAGCUCUUGUUCAGAUUGCUUGAGGUUUGAAAAAGAGGUGCGCUAGCUUUGCUUAGUUUAUUUCUUAUUUUGGUAUAUCUAAAUAUAAUAUUAGGCUGUGUGUAUUGGAAAUGCUAUGAUCGGUAUUUUGUGUUUAUCCAAAUGCAAUGAUAGUUUUCCUGUAUGAAUGUGCAAGAGGCCUGUGACAGAAUGCUAUGUUUUUACUGUAGUUUAAGAUUAUAAAAGUAGGAAUGCAACAAUUCCCAGUUUUUAGAUUUCUUCUGAAUUAGAUUUGCUUCAUAGCAGAUAUUCUAUUGUUGUUGUUUUCAAAUGGGCUCAUUAGACUGUAUUAAUUGCCACUGGUGAAGGAUUUUGUUAUACUUUUAAAAUGUUCGUGUGAAGAAAACUUCAUCCUCUAUUUUCGGAAAAUAUUUAUGAAUUAAUUUACUAUAGAAUUAUCUCUCAUUACCAUAAUUGGGUUACCAUUUAAACUCAUCUUACUUUUAAUAUGUUAUAUAUUUUUGAAAUACUGUUACUCUGUAAAAGAAAAUUGCUUGCUAUAUUUACACCUUCUCACAUAGAAAACCUUUUAUCCUUAAAUUGUUGUAUUCCUACACUCUGAGACAAUUAAAACAAGUUUUUGUGCCUGCAGUAGAGCCUGCAGAAGGUAAUACAAGGAACACUGGUCUUUUGACAAAAAUCUUGUGUACAUUUUGAUACUGUAUUAAAACUAUUUUUUUAAAGUUCUGCAUAAAAUUAAGUAUCAAGUAUAUGUGUUCAUCUUAG